AUGUUGACCACAGCGCUGCUGAGCUGUGCCCUGCUGCUGGCACUGCCCUCUGCGCAGGGGGCCCAGGUGGGCCUGCACCCACUGGAGGGCAUCAGAAGGCCUGACCAGGCCCUGUUCUCCCAGCUCCCAGGCCCGGGCCUUCAGGCCCCGCUGAAGGCGACGAACGCAGAACCGGCAGAAGAGGCUCUGUUGCAGGAGGCCGAGGCACUGGCAGAGGUGCUAGACCCGCAAGACCGCGAGCCUCGCUCCCCGCGCCGCUGCGUAAGGCUGCACGAGUCCUGUCUGGGCCAGCAGGUUCCGUGCUGCGACCCGUGUGCCACGUGCUACUGCCGCUUCUUCAACGCCUUCUGCUACUGCCGCAAACUGGGCUCUACCGCGAACCCCUGCAGCCGCACCUAA